AUGGAUGAAGCAGCUUUAACUGAAGGAACCAAUCUCUUUCCUUUGAUCCUUCUUCUCCUGCCUCUCAUCUUUCUCAUCCUCAAGCAUCUCAAAUCAAAGUCUCCAUCACUUCCACCGGGUCCAUAUCCAUGGCCAAUCAUAGGCAACGUUCACCAGAUAGGGAAACAGCGUCAUAUAGCUAUGGCCGACUUUGCACGAUCCUAUGGUCCUCUCUUCUCACUACGACUCGGAACUCAAACUCUGAUCGUGGGAUCAUCGGCGGCAGCCGCCAAAGAAAUUCUCAGCUCUUAUGACCGUAUUUUCUGUGCCCGAUAUGUUCCGGGAGUGAUGCCAGAAAAGAGCUCAGAAUUCUAUAAUAACUCAAUAGUAUGGUCGCUUGAGUGUGAUGACAGAUGGAAGUACUUGCGUACAAUGUGCCGAACUCAACUUUUCUCGGGCAAAGCCAUCGAGUCACAAGCAUGUUUACGAGAGAAAAAACUGAUGGAGGUGGUUGGAUUCUUGAGCUCAAUGGAGGGUAGGGUGGUGAAACUUAAAGAACUAGCCUUUGUUACUGCACUGAAUAUGAUAAGUAAUGCUCUAUUAUCAAAAGAUCUAGUCAGUUUGGAGGAUGAGACUGCAGUUGCGAGGAUGCUAGGAUGUGUCAAGAAAACCGUGGACGUGAUGUCUACUCCAAAUUUAGCUGAUUAUUAUCCAAUUCUACGUGGGUUAGAUCUUCAGAGGUUGCAGAAGAAAUCCAGGGAUUCCUUUGUGGAGUUGUUUAGUCUAUGGCAGCCUAUCGUUAAAGAAAGAAGAGAAAGAAAAGGGAGCCAACAUGAUUUUCUCGAUGCUCUAAUCAACGAUGGUUUUACAGAUGAUCGGAUUAACUUUUUACUUGGGGAGCUACUUAUUGCUGGUACAGAAUCUACUAGUGUGACCACUGAGUGGGCAAUGGCAGAGUUGAUAAGAAGUCCAGACUCCAUGAAGAAAAUCCGUGAAGAACUCACCACAGAGAUCAGCAAAAACACACUGAAAGAUUCCGAUCUACGGAAGCUACCGUACCUUCAAGCUUGCCUCAAGGAAACCCUGAGGCUGCAUCCACCUGGACCAUUUCUCCUUCCUCACCGUGCACUCGAAGCAUGCAAAGUGAUGAACUAUACGAUUCCAAAAGAUGCUCAAGUACUGGUAAACGCCUGGGCCAUUGGAAGAGACCCCAUGAGUUGGGAAGACCCUUUAGUAUUCAAACCAGAGCGCUUCCUGAACUCCAUUGUGGAUUUUCAAGGGACUAAUUUUGAAUUCAUACCCUUCGGCGCAGGAAGGAGAAUCUGCCCUGGACUUCCCAUGGCUGUAAAGCUGAUUCCCCCGGUUCUGGUUUCCUGGAUUCAUUUCUUUGAUUGGUCUCUUCCGAAUGGGGGUGAUCCUAAAGAGAUAGACAUGAGGGAAAAGUUUGGUGCCAAUAUACAGAAGGAACAUCCUCUACUUCUCAUUCCUAAAGUUAGAAAAUGGCCACAAGUUUGUGCCUAAUUCAUGUACUGCAUUUGCUGCUUAGAUUUUACAGUCUGUAUAACCUUUCAGUAUAUUAUGUACUGUUGUAUCAAAUAACAGAGAGACAUUUGAAGAAUAGAGAGAAGGGAAAGAGAGAGAAUUUUGGAAA